AUGGCAUUCACUACCGUCAAGAUGGUUAACUGGACCGCGGAUAAGGAUCAGAUCAUCCUCAAGGGCAUCUUUAAGUUCCAUGACAUCAAGAGCAGCGCGCCGCUUCUCAAGUACCUGUCCGAGGAGAUUGGUGGUGACUGCACCCCCAAGGCCGUAUCCCACCGCCUCACCAACAUCCGCAAGGGCGGCACAACCCACGCCGUCGCCUCGCCAACUCGCGCCACUUCCACACCCAAGACACCUCGUUCCAAGGCCAAGGUUGCCCCGCGCAAGAAGAAAGCCGUCUCCGAAGACGCUGACAGCGAUGGUCCCCAAGGUCUUAUGGAUGAUGACGAGGUCCUUUCUCCGUCUGCUGCCCGCGGUAAGCGCACGCUUAACGGCAAGCGUAAGCCCACUUAUGAUGAGACAAGCGACAAGGAGGACGAGGAGGGCGAGGUUGAAGAUGACUACGUUCCGAUGGCUAAGCGGGUUAAAGAGGAGCCUGUUGAUGAGGAGGGUGUCGUUGUUGAGGAGCUCGUUGAGGAAGAGGUCUAG